CAAUGUCACCUGAAACAGCAUCAUUCCUCAUUUCGACAGAUAUAGAAAGUUCUGGAGACAGCACUGCUGAUUUCACUGAAGAGUUGAUUAUCACAGCAACUACUAUCUCUUCAAUGAGUACAGAGACACCAGCAUUAACAGCAUCACAUCCAACUGAAACAAGUGUUGCUUCAAAGCCAGCUGUUACUGCAGGAUCAUCACUGUACAGUACUGAGAAACCAACAUCACGGUCACCUGAAACACAAGAGACUGUUAGCAUGAGUCAAACAGGGAAAACAUCAGUUACACCACAGAUAGAUUCUACUUUCCCAGCAACAGAUGAAGAGAGCUCAGGUGAACAAGCAACUGAGAUUCCCAGCAAAGACACUUUAGCUCCUACAGCCUCCUCAUUGUUUAGUACUGAGAAGCCAACAGCACUACCAGAUGAGGAGCAAGACAGUGCUGUCACAGAUCAGACAGAAAGCUUCUCAGUACCUUCUUUUACUGAUAAGACCAAGGAAAGCUCAGUUCCAACCCCAGCAGAUGAAGAUGGCUCAGGUGACCAAACCCAAGACAUGUUUUCUCAGACCUCUUUUGUCACCGCUGCAUCUUCUCUUUUCAGUACUGAGGCACCAACAGCAAUGUCCCUUGUUAUAUCAUCUACUGUUACAGAGUCCAUUCCUUCUGUCAAUGGAUCAACCAUGAAACAUGAAACAGCAUCAUUAUCAUUUGUCACUGCCUAUGAUACUGAAAGUUCUGGAGAUAGCAGUGUUGAAUUCACUGGAGAGUCAUUAAUUUCAGCAACCACUGUCUCCUCAAUGUCUAGCACUGACACACCAUCAUUAAUAACAUCACAUGAAACUGAAACAACUGAUACUUCAAAGGCAGUUACUGCAGUGUCAUCACUCUACACUACUGAGAAACCAUCAUCACUGUCACCUGAAACAAAAGAGACUAUUACCACCAGUGAGACUGAGACAAAGACAGCUACACAAGAAACACAUUCUACUUUCCCAACCACAGAUGAAGAGAGCUCAGGUGAACAAACAACUGAGAUGUCCAGCAAAGCAACAGAGGCUCCUACAUUCUCCUUGUUGUUUAGCACUGAGAAACCAACAUCACCGUCACCUGAAACACAAGAGACCUUAACCACAGGUGAAACUGAGGAAGCAUCCAUAACACCAGAGACAAGUUCUUCUUUCUCAACAACAGAUGAAGAGAGCUCAGGUGAACAAACAACUGAGAUGUUUAGCAAAGACACUGCAUCUCCUACAGCAUCGUCAUUGUUUAGCACAGAAAAAACAACAGCACUGCCAGUUGUGGAUAAAGAUACUGUUGUUACAGGUCCGACAGAACAGACCACAGGUCAGACUGAGGAUGCAUUAAUAACACCAGAGACAAGUUCUGCUUUUCCAACAACCGAUGAAGAGAGCUCAGGUGAAACAACAACUGAGAUGUUCAGCAAAGACACUGUAUCUCCAACAGCUUCCUCUUUGUUUAGCACAGAAAGAACAACAGCACUGCCAGCUGAGGAAAAAGACAGUGCUGUCACAGGUCAAACAGAGAGACCCUCAAUAACUCCAAUAACUGGCAAGACAGAGGAAGGUUCUGUUUUUACUCCAGGAAAUGAAGAUGGCUCAGGUGACCAAACCCCUGACAUGUUUACUCCGAUCUCUUCUGUUACAGGUACAUAUUCUCUGUUCAGCACUGAAGUACCAUCAGCAAUGUCACCUAAAACAACAGAAAGUCUGGAUGCAGAUGAGACUAGAAUACCCUCACCCACAGGAGAACCAUCAAUUUCUCCCUUCUCUGAUAUGACUGUCACAAGCUCAGUGCCAACAUCUCCAAGUUUGACUACUGAUAAGUCAACUACUGAUCUAGAUUUUGAGGAUGAAGAUAUUAUUAGCAGUGAACCAACAAUGGUAGAGUCCAUUCCCUCAUUCAGUGGAUCAACAAUAAAACCUGAAACAUCAUCAUCAUUCAUUUACACUGACAAAGAGAGCUCUGGUGACCACACUUUAGAUUUCACUGAAGAGUCAUUGAUUGUAGCAACCACUACUGUCUCCUCAGUGACCAGGACAGAGACUCCUGCUGUGACAGCAUCACAUGAAACUCAAACAAGUUAUACUUCAAAAGCAGCUGUUAGUACAGCUUCAUCACUCUACAGUACUGAGAAACCAACAUCACUGUCACCUGAGACACAAGAGGCCUUAGCCACAGGUCAAACUGAGGAAGCAUCCAUAACACCAGAGACAAGUUCUACUUUCUCAACAACAGAUGAAGAAAGCUCAGGUGAACAAACAACUGAGAUGUCCAGCAAAGACACUACAUCUCCUACAGCUUCUUCAUUGUUUAGCACAGAAAAAACAACAGUGCUGCCAGCUGAGGAACAAGACAGUGCUGUCACAGAUCAGACAGAAAAACCCACAGUAACUCCAAUAACUGGCACGACAGAGGAAGGUUCUGUUCUUACUCCAGGAAAUGAAGAUGGCUCAGGUGACCAAACAGCUGACAUGCUCACAUCGACUUCUUCUGUCACAGGUACAUCUUCCCUGUUAAGUACUGAGGUACCAUCAGUGAUGCCACCUGAAACAACAGAAAGUCUUGAAACAAAAAUGCCAUUAGUUUCAGGAGAACCAUCGGUUUCUCCAAUAUCUGAUGUGACAGUAACAAGCUCAAUCACAGUAACUCCAAGUUUGUCAUCUGUCAUAUCAGCUACUGUUUCUGAUAUUGAGGAUAAAGCUAUAAGAACUGAAACGACGAUGGUAACAUCCAUUCCUUCCAUCAAUGGAUCAACAAUGUCACCUGAAACAGCAUCAUUCCUCAUUUCGACAGAUAUAGAAAGUUCUGGAGACAGCACUGCUGAUUUCACUGAAGAGUUGAUUAUCACAGCAACUACUAUCUCUUCAAUGAGUACAGAGACACCAGCAUUAACAGCAUCACAUCCAACUGAAACAAGUGUUGCUUCAAAGCCAGCUGUUACUGCAGGAUCAUCACUGUACAGUACUGAGAAACCAACAUCACGGUCACCUGAAACACAAGAGACUGUUAGCAUGAGUCAAACAGAGAAAACAUCAGUUACACCACAGAUAGAUUCUACUUUCCCAGCAACAGAUGAAGAGAGCUCAGGUGAACAAACAACUGAGAUUUCCAGCAAAGACACUUUAGCUCCUACAGCCUCCUCAUUGUUUAGUACUGAGAAGCCAACAGCACUGCCAGAUGAGGAGCAAGACAGUGCUGUCACAGAUCAGACAGAAAGCCUCUCAGUACCUUCUUUUACUGAUAAGACCAAGGAAAGCUCAGUUCCAACCCCAGUAGAUGAAGAUGGCUCAGGUGACCAAACCCAAGACAUGUUUACUCAAACCUCUUUUGUCACAGCUGCAUCUUCUCUUUUCAGUACUGAGGCACCUACAGCAGUGUCACCUGUUAUAUCAUCUACUGUUACAGAGUCCAUUCCUUCUGUCAGUGGAUCAACCAUGAAACCUGAAUCAGCAUCAUUAUCAUUUGUCACUACUACUGAUACUGAAAGUUCUGGAGAUAGCAGUGUUGACUUCACUGGAGAGUCAUUAAUUUCAGCAACCACUGUCUCCUCAAUGUCUAGCACUGACACACCAUCACUAAUAACAUCACAUGAAACUGAAACAACUGAUACUUCAAAGGCAGUUACUGCAGUGUCAUCACUCUACACUACUGAGAAACCAUCAUCACUGUCACCUGAAACAAAAGAGACUAUUACCACCAGUGAGACUGAGACAAAGUCAGCUACACAAGAAACACAUUCUACUUUCCCAACAACAGAUGAAGAGAGCUCAGGUGAACAAACAACCGAGAUGUCCAGCAAAGCAACAGAGGCUCUUACAUCCUCCUUGUUGUUUAGCACUGAGAAGCCAACAGCAUUGCCUGUUGAAGAACAGGAAAGUAUGGCCACAGAUCAGACAGAAAAGCCCUCAGUUUCUACCAUACCAGAUAGGACAGAGGAAAGCUCUGUUCAAACUCCAACAGAUGAUGAUGGCUCAGGUGACCAAACCCCUGAUAUGUUCACUCUGACCUCUUCUGUCACAGCUACAUCUUCUCUCUACAGCACGGAGACACCAACAGCAAUGUCACCUGAAGCAACAGAAAGUGAUGCGGCAAUCCAGACCAUGAUGCCUUCACAGUCAAGUAAACCAGCAGUUUUUCCUGUUUCUGUUAUGACAGUGACAAGCUCAAUAACAGAGUCUUCAAGCUUGGCCUCUGCUUUGCCAUCCACUUUUCCAUACACUGAAGAUGAGGAUGAUAUUAGCAGGCAGCCAUCACUCAUUGGCUCACCCAUUCCUUCUGUCAGUGGAUCAACCAUGAAACCUGAAACAGCGUCAUUCCUCAUUACCACAGAUAUUGAAGGUUCUGGAGACAGCACUGCUGAUUUCACUGAAGAGUCGAUUAUCACAGCCACUACUUUCUCUUCAGUGUUGAGUACAGAGACACCAGCAGUGACAGCAUCACGCCAAACUGAAACAAGUGAUACUUCAAAGCUAGCUGUUACUGCAGCAUCAUCACACUACAGUACUGAGAACCCAACAUCAGUGUCACUUGAAACACAAGAGGCUGUUACCACAAGUCACACAGAGAAAGCAUCGGCUACUUCAGAGACAAAGUCUGUUGUAUCAUCCACAGAUGACAAAAGUCUCACUUAUAUGUCCACCAAAGAGCCAGUCACUGUUGUAACUGUUUCUGUCUUCAGAACUGAGAAACCAACAUCAGAGUCAGUUGAAACAUUACAAACUGCUACCACAAUUCAGUCUGAAAUUUCUACCGACACUUCUAAUCAAACAGAAGGCUCUACUUUUACUGCUACUGGUGAGUCCCAGACUUCUCCUGUAACUCAUACAUCCCUUCUUAGCACAGAGAAACCUGCAAUUACAACAACAUUGUAUAAAACUGAAGCUGACAAAAGUUUAUGGACAACUGUAACUACAGAUGUGGAAGGUUCAGGUGACCAGACCACAGAUAUUUUGGCAUCUUCUAUCCCAAGCAUAGAUUCUCUUAGUGCCACAUCAUCUGUACUUCUGAGUCAGGAUUUGGAUCACAGAAUAACAACAGAGUCUACGUUUGUUAAGUCUGUUCCCUCCACACUAACUCCUAUGGUUGAAGACCAUGAGAUGAGUACAGUCAUCUCUUCUAUGGAUGCAGAAAGUUCAGGAGAUAAGGUGACACAUAUUACAACCAGUGGAAUAAUUUACACAACUGGAGCACCACUGUCCAGCACUCAUCACAAAUUAUCAUCUACUAUGGUGUCACUCACUGAUCUCUCCAGCCAGUCCACAAUGGCAGGAACCACUGCUACCCCACCUCUGCAAUCAAAAUCAGACAUUACAAUCACACAACAAACUCAAAAGCUAUUUAGCACAGAAAAACCAUCAGCCAUCCCGUUCAUCAAUGAAUUUGAGACAAGUUCUGCAAUCAUGUUGACAGAAGAAGACAGUUCACCUGGGCAAACAACUGAAAUUUUAACAGAAGCAUCAUCCACCCAUUUUUUGUUGCCGACUGCAGACCAAACAGUUAAACCAAGUAGCCACUCAGCUAUAGUGAUUGGCAGCUCACAGGAAACAGCUACUGCAUCUCCAAGCUCCAUAAGGCCCUCCAUUCCAAUCAUUGAUGACACUGUAUUUAUUGAUCAAACCCCUGACUUUGCCACCAAAAUCACUGGCAAAACACCAAGUACCUCAAUGUUCAGCACAGAAAAACCAGCAGUAACAACAGCAUCAAAUGCAACUGGAACAAGUGAUAGCGCAGAAGCCUCUCUUAUUACAGAUUCUUCACUGUAUAGUACUAAGACACCAAUUUCACCUGACACAGAAAAGAGCACAGAAAAGCACACAGUAACUCCAGAAACAGCAUUUGUGAUUACAUCUACCACCGAGGAGAGCACUGGAAGUCAAACUCCUGAUAAUAUAUUCACCAAGGAGCCUCCAUCUCCUCCCUCUGAUGUCUCAUUAUCUUCUGUGUUCAGCACAGAGAAACCUGUGAUGACAACUGUUUCACAUGCCAGUGCAGCAGUUCAAAGUUCAACAGCAGAUGUUACAGCAACAGAUGUUGAAGAGGGCUCUUGGGACCAGACCCCUGACAAGUUAGCUCCAACUUCUGCUGUGACAGCUUCUUCUGUUGUCAGCACAGAGUCCCCAAGUUCCACGUCCUCAGUACAGCCAGAUGAGGAAAUGGACAGCAUCAGCACAGAUGUUAAAAUAGUUGAAUCCUUACCUACCUUUGUGAGAACAACUGUCAAGCCUGCCAGCACUGCUUUUACCACAGACUCAAGGUCGAUAUUCAUCGAUGAAGAGGGUUCAGCUGAUGUUGACACUCAUCCAGUUUCUUCCAUGUUCAGUACAGAAACACCAGCAGCAAAGUUUGCAGACACAAUUAAGAGCACUGCAACAGAUGAAGCAUCAGUUUCUCCCACAGAGGUUCAUAUAAAAGAAACGGCAAGCAGAGCUUCCAUAGUGUCUUCGAUGUUUAGCACAGAGAAGCCAUUGCUGACAACAGCAUCACCUGAAACUCAAACAAGUGGCGUCUUAAAAUCCCAUGUAACCCUUACUUCUUCUAUCUACAGCAGUGACAAACCAACAUCUCGACCACCAACUGCCUCCAGUGAAUCUCAAAGCAAAUUGCCUAUCUCUGUAGUCACAGAUGAAAGUCAGAUAUAUGAGACUCUGAGCACAUCACGCCCUGGUUUCGAAUCAUCAACCCAAUCCUCAUCACAAUUCAUAACAGAGAAGUCUACAGAUGCUACCAAAUUUUCUGUCUCCUCCAGCACAGCUACAACAAUUGAGGCAAUGACAUCAGUGUCUGAGUCAGGAAGUGGUGAUUUUACUGAAGCAGAGAGCUCGGGAGAUGACACAUCUCUAUCCACAGAUGAAACUCCCCUAGAAACAACAAAAGCUGCUGAGCAAUCCAUUGUGGAAAAAACCCUAGCAACAACCACAUUUACACCAUCACUCACAUCCACAUUUGUUGAGAAAGAAAGUUCAAGUGAUAGAGAAUUUACAACUGUUACAACAAGUCCCUAUACACUUGAAACUUCUCAACCUAUGGCAAUCCCUAGUGUCACUGCAUUUACCUCAAAGGAAACCUCUCCUUACAUUGAUAUGGAGAGUUCUGGUGGCUCACCUGAGGAGGAUGAUUUGGAACCAAGUAUUGAUGGAUCUGGUGCAGAGAUAACUGAGACUACUACAAAACCCCAGGAUGAAUUCACUGUGGCCACAGAUGAGACUGAAAUAGCUGAGACUGAGAGCACAUCUGACAUGUCGACUCAGUCCAACACACAGUUUACCAAGGAGUUUGUUUCACCAACCCAAUCUCCACACAUAACAAGCACUGAGAUUUACAUCACUGAGCAGGGAAGUGGGGUCUUCACCGAUGACUCUACAGUUGAGGAUGAGGGAUCAGGUACUGAAAUCUUCGACAGGUCAGCUACAUCUGUACCAACCACAAGAUCUCCAGUGAUGUCCACUACUGUAGCAGCAACAAAACAAAUCACUUUGUCAUCCAGUACUGUUGCUGUCUCUGAGCAGAGCUCAAGUGACCAAACAACAGUUAAGUCCAGUGAUGAUUUUAUUACACAAGAACCUACUAGCACUGCAGCUUCUUCUCUUUACAGCACUGAGAAGCCAACAACAAUGUCUCCUGAAAUGCAGGGAAGUGGGGUCUCCACAGAUGACUCCACAGUAGAGGAUGAGGGCUCAGGUACUGAAAUUUUUGACAGGUCAUCUACAUCUGUACCAAUCACAAGAUCUCCAGUGAUGUCCACUACUGUAGCAGCAACAAAACAAACCACUUUGCCAUCCAAUACUGUUGCUGUCUCUGAGCAGAGCUCAAGUGACCAAACAACAGUUAAGUCCAGUGACGAUGUUAUUACGCAAGAACCUACUAGCACUGUAGCUUCUUCUCUUUACAGCACUGAGAAGCCAACAACAAUGUCUCCUGUAAUACACAUUUCAGCUUCCUCCUCCACAGGAGUAACUGACAGGCCAGCAGGGUCAACUAUGAGUAGUACUGCUCCUCCAGCAGGUACAGGCUCAGUGUAUACAGAAGAGGAUGGUUCAGGUGACCAUACCACUGAUGUGCUUAUUAAAGUAGAUUCAACAGUGUCUUCAGUGUUCAACACAAAGGAGCCAACAGUAACAGCAGCAUCUCAUGAAAGUGCAUCUACUGAUAGCACAAAGAUUACAGCCUCUUCCUUGUUCAGCACAGAGAAACCCCAAAUGACAACAGCAUCACAUGAAAGUGGAACAUCUGAUAUUCCAAAAUCUGAUGAAUCAACACCAAGUCCAGCUUUUACUUUGACAGAGGGAAAGAGAUCUGGUGACCAAACCAUAGAGAUGUUCACCUCAAAGCCAUCAGUGAUGGAGAGCAUCACAUUUGGAGAAGCAACAGGUGAAACCGAAACUUUUGUUUCAGUCACAUCAACCACUGAGGAGCAGGUUUCCUCACAGGAGGGUGAAAUUUCUCCAGAUACAGAAACCCCCAUCUCAUCUGAAAGGAUAGAGCCUCCAGUUUAUAGCACUAGUAAAGACGACAUUAUUGUAGCUGAGCACACAACACAAUCCUAUACAACUAUGUCCCCCCAUACAACUGGAAGCUCAAUUAGUGAUCACAGUACAAGAGACUUCACCACAGUAAGCUCCAGCAGUAAAUAUAAGCAAGAUGGAUUCACACCUAUGUCUACCCCUAUUCCCUCCAUUAUAUAUCAUAGCGUUACAGACCAACAGGUUGUGAUCAUUACUCCCAGUAGCAGCCAAGCCAAGACUGACCUAACAGAACAAACACCUACCAUGGUCCUCCAUGUGUCCAAACCGUCAACCAGCACAACCAUCAUAUUUACAGAGGAUGUAAAAAAUGAAGACGAGCUGUUCUCUGCAGUUACAGACAGUGUCAGGGAAAGCAGUCCAACUCCUGAGCUUAUCACCAAAGACAAUACUAUCAUUGAUGCAGAUACUAUCUCCAUAGUUCCCUCUUCUCCAUUCUACCCAGCCAUUCAGACAGAGGAAGCUGGAGGUGUCACAGCAGUUACAAUGUCACAGAAUUUGCCGGUGACAGAAGAACCAGAGGGCUCAGGGACCGAUAGUGCCACCUUCUUCACUCCUACACCAGUAACUUUACAUGCAUCACCAGCCACUGAUUCAUUAGCCUCAACAUCUUCUGAAUAUUUACUGUCCACUUCAAAAUCAUCACCUGUGGAUGGUGUUUCUAGUAUGGAGACAUCCAGUGACAAGACAGUCACAUCAUCACCACAGGCCACCUCAGCUACAACUGUAUCCACAAAGUCAAGCUCAGAAGAUACAUAUGAUUUAACUACACCACAUACAGUUUUCCCUGUUGAUGCUCAUACCACAUCAGUUCCCGAGCUGGUGGAGAAUUUAUCAAGCGAGGACACUGCUGAUAAUGUUACUGAGUCUGUGACUGAGAUUGCCACCUCCUCAUCUUUGCCUUCUCAAAUUUUAACUGAAACAUCAGACACAAGCUCAGCCACUCCAGUGGCUAGUGAGGAGUAUAUGGUCAGCACAGUUGAAAAAGAAAAAUCUACAACUUCACCCACAGCCAUCACAGCCACAAGUCAUGACAUGACAGAUGAAACCUUGAGUUCAUUGACUUCCACACAAACCAGUGUACCUUCGGUCACUGCCACACCACACACAUCAGUGUCCACUGAACCUGGCACAGUGAAACCAACCAGUAAAGCAUUUUAUGACGAAUCAUCAGGUGAUGAUGACUCUGACGAAGGCUCUGCAGUGGAAACCUCCACUUUGAGCUCUGAAACUACCACAGAGACAACGUCAGCACACUCUGUGAAUGGAUGGUCAGCAUUUGAAAAACCAGUGACAUCUGCAGCUUCUUCGCUGUUCAGCACUGAGAAACCAACAAUUUCCCCUGGCACAGAUGAUAAGGACAAAGAGAUUUCAGGUGACCAAACCCCAGUGUCACCAACCUCACCUGGAACUGCCACAGGAGAGGAUGUAAACCCAUCAACAAGUGCUUCCUCGUCUUUCGAUAGUACAGUGAAACCAACCGUCACUUUUCUGCCUGAUGUUACUGACAUUGUCACCUCAAGUGACCACAAGAUGACAGCUUCAACAGUGAAGGCCAAACCAGAAACACUUUCAGUUGCCUCACCUGAACCUGGCACUGGGGAGUCUGAAAUAUCACAUGCUGCUUCCAAUCUUUAUAGCACUAAGAAGCCAACUGUCACACCAUCUCCUGAUGUUACUGAUAAGGAUAAAUCAGGUGAUCACACAGAGCCUGUGACACAGACAGCUGCUCCUCUGCACAGUACAAUGACAAUGGACCAAAUGCUAUUCACAACAACAUUAUCUCCAUCCCACAGCACUGAGACAUUGUCUAUGGGAAGUAUAACUGAUCUUGCAGGUAUGGAAGGUUCUGGUGAUGAGAUCUCAGGUGCCACAACUGCAUCACCGAAGACAGUAACAUCUGAGAGUGAAAAGAGUGUAGCCAGUCCAGUAUCCCCUCUGUUCAGUACAGAGAAACCCACCACCAUGACCCAAGAGGAUGAAACUCAAACAAAUGAGAUUACCACAGAGGUAGAGAAAGUCCCAUUGUCAGAAGCAGUUCCACGCCCUACCGAUGGAGCAACAAUCACAUCACAUGAAGAGAGCACAAAGGACCACAUAAUGUAUUCAUCUACAAAAGAACCAGUUUCUACAUCCACAGUGUCUAGCACUUCAAAGCCAGAUGUAAUUGUUCAGUUUGUCACCACUUUUGUCCCAGAACCAGAUCCAACACCACCUGAGGGGUCCUUCCAACAGGCCAGGUCUGAGAUCACGUUCACUCAUCAUCCCCACACUGACAUCUACUCUGACAAAACUGUGUUGGCCACAACCAGCCCAAUGAUGCCAAGUGAGGAGUCAAGCCAGCACGUUGAACAUAGUGUUUUAAUCCCACAAGCUGGAGUUACAACCACAUCAGUGGAAGAUAAGACUGAAGCACCAAGUCAAGAUUCAACUGAGGGUGAAGGCAGUGCUGACAGAGACAGCAAAGUUCAAGAAACAUCUACUGAUGUUACAAUAACGUCACCUCCUACACAUGAGCCUGCUGGGGAUGAAUCUACUACUCAGAAACUGGAAACUGAAAAAUCUGCAAAACCUGAAGAAGAAACUGCAGCUGUUGAGAUGGUAUCUUCUACAGACUCAAGCUCAGUGCAAACAUCUGCAGAAGGUUCAAAUGAACAAAGCCUAGAUGAAACAACUUUCUCACCGCAAACAAAAAAGACUCCAGCAAGCACACAUCAACCUACUGUUCAUGCACAUGCUACAGAAAUCUCUGCACACUCUGAGACUAAAGUAGUGGUCACCACAAUGCCAGCUGAACAUAUUUCCUUUGAACCUACUUCAGAUGUCCUUUCAGCAUCAGCACCAUCACAGCCUGAUGUUAUGGUCCAGUUUGUGCCAACAUUUUCCCCUCGACAAGACCCAACAGCUUCCCACCAAUCAUUGGAACAAGCCGGGCCAGAGAUUGCACUAACGCAUCGCCCUCACACUGAUCUUUUUCCUCAGGAUGUAACACUGAACUCAACCAGCCCUAUGUCUGCAAGUUAUGAAACAAGCCAGAUUACAUCAACGACUGUCCUUGCCACUGCUGCUUCCGUGGCUGAAGCUGCAUCUGCCUCAGGAGAAGGUGAGACAGUUGAACCCGCUGUUGAACAGGUUUCAAGAGGUGGAAAGACUGAACCAUCUCCAGAGACAGAUGUACAAAUAACACCUUCUCCUGAUGGAAGCACAAGUGAAGCACAAAGCCAGCCAGUGUUGGUUGCAUCAGUAGCCCCCACUCCAUCCUUCUCUGACAGAGAUGAGCAAGUGGACAGUGAUAUACCUGCACCUGCACCUCCACCUGUCAUUAGAAGAGAGCCACCAAUAAAAGGGGAGAACACAACUGCCCUACGUGAAACUGGACUCGAUUUGGGGAACACUAUUGUUGGCGAGGCGGUUGAAAUUCCAGGACUUAACUCAUGUGCAGAGAACAUUUGUCUGAAUGGAGGAUCUUGUUACAAGACUGGCAGCAUUCUUACAUGUAGCUGUGCUCCUGGUUACAGCGGUGAUCACUGUGAAACAGAUAUUGAUGAGUGCCAAUCAAACCCUUGCCGCAAUGGAGGUACAUGUGUUGAUGGGCUGGCUUCCUUCACUUGUGUGUGCCUCCCUAGCUACUCUGGGCUAUACUGUGAGGAGGAUACGGAAACAUGUGACUAUGGCUGGCAUAAGUUCCAGGGCCACUGCUACAAGUUCUUCCCCCACAGAAGGAACUGGGACACAGCAGAGAGAGAGUGUCGCAUACAGGGUGCUCACCUCACCAGUAUCAUCUCCCACGAGGAGCAACAGUUUGUCAACCGUCUUGGACAGGACUACCAGUGGAUCGGCCUGAAUGAUAAGAUGUUUGACAGCGACUUCCGCUGGACUGAUGGCAGCCCUGUGCAAUAUGAAAACUGGAGGCCCAACCAGCCUGACAGCUUCUUCUCAUCUGGUGAGGACUGUGUGGUGAUGAUCUGGCAUGAGGAUGGCCAGUGGAAUGACGUUCCUUGCAACUACCACCUCACCUUCACUUGCAAGAAGGGCACAGUGGCGUGUAGCCAGCCCCCUCUGGUGGAGAAUGCAUACACCUUUGGUAAGAAGCGAGAGAGGUAUGAGAUCAACUCACUGGUGAGGUACCAGUGCCGCACAGGCUUUAUUCAGAGGCAUAUCCCAACUAUCCGUUGUCGUGGGGAUGGACGGUGGGAUAUCCCUAAAAUCAACUGCAUGAACCCAUCGAAUUAUCAAAGGACCUUCAUUAGAAGACAUCAGCACAAUAGUCUCUACAGCAUCAACAACUUCAAGCAAUGGCCAAAUGAGGCCUUCCGCUUUCACCAUCAGCGCUCCAGGGGCAGGAGAGACAGGACUGAGCAUAAGAGGAAGAGACAGUGAUUGCCAUGCACUGUAACAUGGCACAACUUCCCCUGAGACGAGAACACAUGUCUGUCACUUGUGUGGAAAGAGGAAAAAGAUUCUCAAAGGAAAAGCACAAGAGAAAACUCAUCAAAGAAACCAAGUGGAUAACCUGCAGUUUUCUUGCAUUUUGGAUGACGAUGGAAUCUUGACUGAAGUGCCUUUUAAAGAGAUGUUGAUACAUGACUUUUCUUAUCAAGGGGCACUGUUUUUUAGCAACGCCAAUGUGGAUAAAAUACUUUCAGCUGGCUACUGGAAAAGCAAAAAAGUACACCCAUCAUUUUUUUUAAUUUCAGAAGUGUUUUCUUUGCCAUUAGGUUAUCAAAUAAUACCUUCAUGACUGUUGUCUAAUACCUUUGUACACCGACUGUGCUAUUUAAAAUCACCCUAAGUGUUCCUUAUUCAUAGAAAAAAGCUGUUGAGAAAUUAUAGCGCUUAUGUUAUGUAAAGGAAUUCAUUAUGUUGUCGUGCUGUUUUAAGCUGGACUUCAUUUUAAUGAACAUGCAUAUAUAUGCAUAUACAUAUAUUGAAGUCCUCAAAUUUUAACUAUGUUUAUUCUAUGUCAAGAGAUUCAAGUUUGGCUUCUCAUAACACAAAUGGAGAAAUCAGUGGCAAUGACCCGAUCAUGCAAAGGACUCGUCGUUUAUUUUAGCAGAAUAUCAUAUCACAUACAUAGAACUGUAAACCCUUUUAUAAAGAAUCUUUCACUACUCUUAAAACUUUAAUCAGCAGAGGCACAAAUGCUCAUUGUGAAAUAUGGUUUCAUAGCAUUGAUAAUAGUAAUGAAUCAGAUUCCAUAUUAACAAUAUGUGCAAGUCUGGGGAAAUUUCACCAAAUUACUCAUUUAACUGCUGGAGACCUUCUUUGUGGUGGCAGCUUUCAAUGUACUAAAUUACCACCUUUCAUGAGCUCCAGCCUUCACUGGAUGUCAUUGAUGUCUUGUCAAAAUAAAUGUUUAUAGAGAGAUUUCUAUGGAGAGAAUUUUUAAAGACUUACUGAUGUUUUUUACAUAUGAUACCUUGCAUUCUAAUAUGAGAGAUUGCUCUCUAAGUACGGUACGUAUUGAUAAAGCCUUUGUCCAUCAACUAUUUUAAAAUGAAAGAAGGGAAGUGUGGCUCAAGCAGCCUGUAUUUUCUGCUCAAAUGUUUUUAGUGCAUAUCUUACAGUUUGUUGCUACAGUAUGUUUACAAUAACAGUAACAGUACUUUUCAUAGCCUGAUUACACACCAAACAGUCUUUAUCUGUUGCUGCUGAGCUGUAGCUUGUGGUAGUUCUCUAGGACCUGCUUUUCUUCUGCACACUUACCCUUUCUGUCAUUGUGGUCAAUUGAAAUCAGCCAUUGAGAGAAUGUAUUUUGUGAAACACUCAAAGACUUGAACAUAACGGCUGUUUAAGCAGAGAUGUGUAUAAUUUAUUUUCAAGCUGCUCUUGAUCUCCAUAAUUGUUUUAUACCCACAUGUAAAAUAUGAUGCUGUCAUCUGGCCCAGCAGUGCUCUUCAUAUAUUUUAUUGUAUGUUCAACAGGAGCCACAAUCACAGACAGUUUAAAUGGAAUGCAUUGAAGAUGAAAUAUUACUUAACAAUAUGAUGGAUUUAUAUGUUUUUUGUUUUUUUUUCUUUUUUACAUCUUUAAUGCCAGCAGUGGACCAAAGAAUAUGGAGGGCCCCUUUGGCUGCAAUAUUGUUGUUCUGUAACAUUAACAAAAUAUUUUUACAUGUGGAUGCAUUUUUUAAUGGAAACAUGUUUUUGUUUUGUCUGCCUGUGAAUGUCUGUGUGUUUGUUUCAGCCUUAAUGUGCACAUAAUAUCAUUUUAUAUUUAUAACAUUCGUUUCUUAUUUUACAAUGUGAAUGUCUGGGAUGUUUGUGAAUUUUUUGA